GCUUGGCGAUUUUCCUCCUCCAAUCUACUAGAUUUUCCUCGUCUACUAGAUCUCGUUACGAGCCACCGGUUUAUUAGUGGUUCCAGUGUACUAGUGAUCUUUUAAGAAAAUAUUGAAGCAGGAGCCGUAUAAUAUCAACCGAUCACCAUGUCUGCCACCGAGCCACCGGUAAAAACGGAAAAGCAGCUCAAGAAAGAGGCCGAAAAAGCGGCCAAGUUGGCCAAGUUGCAAGAAAAGUUGAAUAAAAAGCAGCAGCAGGAUCAACAGUCGGCCAGCAAACCAAAAGCUGAGAAGAAAGUAAAGGAAACGAAAGAAGUGGCCGUGUACAGCAGCAGCACGAAGGAGGGCGAAAAGAAGGAUCUAUCCGGGCCCUUUCCCGAUGCUUACAGUCCGCAGUAUGUGGAGGCUGCUUGGUAUAGCUGGUGGGAGAAGGAAGGUUUCUUCAAGCCGGAGUAUGGUCGGAAGCUGAACAAUCCCAAGGGUCAAUUCGUGAUGGUGAUACCACCACCGAAUGUGACGGGUUCCCUGCAUCUUGGGCAUGCACUUACGAACGCGAUCGAGGACGCAAUCACGCGCUGGCAUCGGAUGAAGGGUCGCACAACGUUGUGGGUGCCGGGUUGCGAUCAUGCUGGUAUCGCAACGCAGGUUGUGGUCGAGAAGAAACUGUGGCGAGAGCAACAGCAAACGCGCCACGAUCUUGGACGCGAAAAGUUCAUCGAGAAGAUCUGGCAAUGGCGGAACGAAAAGGGUGAUCGCAUUUACCAUCAGCUGAAAAAACUAGGAUCAUCGUUCGAUUGGGAUCGAGCAUGCUUCACGAUGGACCCGAAGCUCUGCAAAGCUGUCACGGAAGCAUUUGUGCGUAUGCACGAGAAAGGCCUUAUCUACCGAAGCAGCCGGCUAGUGAACUGGUCCUGUACACUACGAUCAGCCAUUUCAGAUAUUGAGGUGGAUAAGGUAGAGAUUGCUGGGCGUACGCAACUGUCGAUACCCGGUUACGCCGAGAAGGUUGAGUUCGGUGUGCUCGUUUCGUUCGCCUACAAAGUGGUCGAUAGCGACGAGGAGAUAGUGGUGGCGACGACACGUGUUGAAACCAUGCUCGGUGAUACGGCAGUGGCCGUGCAUCCACUCGACGAACGGUACAAACAUCUGCACGGUAAGUUCGUGCAGCAUCCCUUCUGCGAUCGUCGGCUGCCGAUUGUGUGCGAUGAGUUUGUCGAGCGUGAAUUUGGAACCGGUGCGGUCAAGAUCACUCCGGCACAUGAUCCGAACGAUUACGAGGUUGGCAAGCGACACAAUCUUCCCUUCAUUACGAUCUUCACGGACGAUGGCAUUAUCGGUGGUGCGGAUUAUGGUCCAUUCACCGGAAUGAAGCGCUUCGAUGCGCGAAAGGCUGUUCUGGAGGCACUCAAAAAGAAUGGCUUGUACCGGGACACCAAGGACAAUCCUAUGGUCGUGCCUGUCUGCUCGCGGUCGAAGGACAUCGUGGAGCCUCUCAUUAAGCCGCAAUGGUACGUCAAGUGUAGUGAAAUGGCUUCGAAGGCAACGGAAGCGGUCCGUUCUGGUGAGCUGACGAUAACACCUGAAGUGCACCGUAAGAUCUGGUACCACUGGAUGGAUGAGAUUCGAGAUUGGUGCGUUUCGCGACAGCUCUGGUGGGGACACCGUAUUCCAGCCUAUCAAGUGGUGUUUAAGGAUCCUUCGAAAGCACCGAAAGAUCUGAGCGAUGAAAAUCGUUGGUUCGUUGGACGAUCGGAAGCCGAAGCGCUUAGCAAGGCUGCCACAGCACUAAAGGUGGACAAGUCGCUAAUCACACUGCGACAGGAUGAGGAUGUGCUUGAUACCUGGUUCAGUUCGGGUCUGUUUCCGUUCUCCGUGUUCGGUUGGCCGGACAACACGGAUGAUCUGAAGCUAUUCUAUCCGACCACCUUGCUGGAAACGGGUCACGACAUUUUGUUCUUCUGGGUCGCCCGUAUGGUGUUCUUCGGGCAAACGCUGCUCGGUAAGCUACCGUUCCGGGAAGUUUUCCUCCAUCCGAUGGUACGCGAUGCCCACGGCCGCAAGAUGUCCAAAUCGCUCGGCAAUGUCAUCGAUCCGAUGGACGUGAUUAUGGGCAUUUCGCUCGAAGGAUUACAUCAACAGCUUCUCGACUCCAAUCUCGAUCCCCGGGAAGUUGAGAAAGCAAAGGCGGGACAAAAGCAGGACUAUCCCAACGGUAUUCCGGAGUGCGGUACCGAUGCGCUACGGUUUGCGCUGUGUGCUUACAUGACGCAGGCCCGUGAUAUCAAUUUAGAUAUCAACCGUGUCCAGGGUUAUCGGUUUUUCUGCAAUAAACUGUGGAAUGCCACCAAAUUUGCUCUCAUGUACUUCCAGGGAGCGGAAACGUACGAUAUCAUUACAACGCUGGAUGGUUCGGAAGGAAACAUCGAUCGUUGGAUCCUGUCUCGUCUUGCCGGUUGCAUCGAAGUUUCGAAUCGAGGAUUCGAAAAGUAUGAGUUCGCACAGGCUACCAACGCGUGUUACAAUUUCUGGCUGUACGAUUUGUGCGAUGUGUAUCUCGAGUGCUUGAAAAGUGUGUUUCAAACCGGAGACGAGAACAGAAAGGCCUCGGCCCGCCGUACAUUAUAUACGUGUCUUAACUUGGGACUGAAACUAUUGUCACCGUUCAUGCCGUUUAUUACGGAGGAACUGUACCAGAGGCUGCCCCGUGGGGAUGUGGGAUCGGUGGCGAGCAUUUGUGUGGCACCGUACCCCGAACCGGCCGACUGUAGUUGGAAGGACGACUCGAUCGAGAAGGGCUUUGAGUUUGUACAGAAAACGGCUCGUGAUAUACGGUCCGCACGCAGCGACUAUAACAUCCCGAAUAAGACGAAAACCGAUGCGUACUUUAUCUGUGCCGAUGAGGGUGUACGCAGUGCACUGGAACGGUUCGGAGGUGAACUGGAAACGAUGGCCUUCUCAAACGUGCACUUUGGAGUAGAGCCACCGUCUGGCUGCGCGAUUCUAACUAUCUCUGGCCAGUGUGUGGUCCAUUUGAUGCUGAAGGGACUAAUCGAGGUGGAUAAGGAGAUCGAGAAAAUGAACAAAAAACAGGAAUCGCUUACGCAAACCGUAACCAAGCUGCAGCAGGCCAUGGCCGUUGCGAAUUACGCCAGCAAGGUACCGGAAGACGUCCGGAAAGCGAAUCAGGAGAAGCUCGAGCAAUCCAAGGUAGAAAUCGAGCGUUUGGCGGCCGCUAUCGAUACGCUGAAACUGAUGUGAAGCGGUAUACGUACGUUAACGCACAGGAAACGACCGGAGAGUUAUGCUUUAUCAACUAACAAUUAAAUUCGCUCAAGAAGCAAUAAACAGUUAUAUCACUUUUUGUCCUAUCGAAACUGGUGCUUUCUAGCUUAAAUCAGCUGAUAAAUUAUAAUCAAGUUUACAAGAGGAAAUAGAUAUAUCGUCGUUGGUAUUUGCUUAUUUUUGUAAUAAAAUCAUUUUUGGCCAAAUAAA